UAUAACGGUAGGGUUCCCUUUCGCAUGACGGCUACGCUAUUCGACGCCCGCCGUCGAUAUAAGACAAGACGAGGUCUCGAGAAAAAAAGAAUCAACGAGAGAGUCAUCUUCUCGGACGAUGGCAGAAGAUUACAGCGUUGCUCGCAAUUGGUUAUGGCGCCCUCAACGAGAUCGCCGGCGAGAAGUACCUUGUUUUAUCAGCGUAACGCAAUCGAAGAGUUUCGUAAUUGGACUGCUGCCUUCUGUAAAAGGGCGAGCGGUGCUUCGCAAAAUUGGAAAGAAAUUCAGGAUCGCCCAGAGCUGGUUCUACCUUUAAUGCCUCGAGUCGUUAGCCGUGCAGACGAUCAUCCUGCGAUAAUGCGACUUUCGCAGUUUCACACACAGGGGCAACGCUGCCAAGCGGCUCCUUUUUAUAUCCUUUACACCACGACGGCGAUAAUAAAAGAAAUAAGCGUAGCAUAGCUAGCAUCUCGAAUUCAGCGCGGAGAGCGAGGUGACUCGCAUACCUCGCGGCUAAGAAACAUCGUAUAUUAGAUUUGAUGGAUUGCGGGUAGGAGUCGGCAGUGCCAAGGACACACCGUGAUCGGUCUCACGGUUUCACUCGGAAGUUCCGUUCUCUUUGUGUCGCAGGAGCGUCGUCCGGACCAUGUCGGAGCGAACAAUUCGGCCGCGAGCAUCGGCCAAGUACCGCGAGGAUCUCGCGCGUUCUCUCGGCCUCGUUGACACGCGCGCGAGGAUUGUUGUUUCUAAAGAAGCGCGCUAGAGGAAAGCAGCCUGCGAAAAAAUGAUUAAAGUGUAACGCCGGCUACGACUUUCGACCUGGUCCAUCUUUCAAACCGGUUUACCUCGGUUUCCAACAUUGGCAACAAGAAAAAAGGGUCCACGAGCAGUUUCUUCCGUCUGCCUCUUCACGGUAUCGCGCUUAAAACGCCGGCCGCCGGAGCCAAUUAAUUUAACAUCCACAUUAGCGCGCGCGCGCGCGCGCGCACAUGUGCUGCAACACGGUCGUGGCGCGCGAUCCCGAACAAAAAUCGCACGACCUCAGGUUCGGCUUCGACGACGACGGCUCGUCGUCCGGUUUCGUUUGCUCCCUCUUUCACGCGGCGAGAGACUUUUUCCCCGCCGUCGACAGUCGGCCGAUAGCUCGCGCGGUAGCCACCACGAUUUUCUCCCAUUGUUCACCGACAAUUCAAGUCGCCUUCGACACGUCGACGUGAGUCGGUUCGCCGGAUGUGAAUUUCGUCUUUACCGCUCAUCACGCCUCGACAGUCGUCCGCACGUUCGCGAGAUCUGCCAGCGCGGACGAUGACGCUAGAAAAAUUCAUUGUUGCUUCGAUUAUUCUUGUUUGGGCCGGUGAUUCUUUGGCGGGUCAUCACCGUUCAAGGCGAUCGAGUGAGGAUCUGAUUACAGCCAAUGAGUACAUACUGCACAGGUGUACAGCUACUGCGGAAUUAAUCAGAAGGCAUAGGAACGAAGGAGUGAUCAAUAUUAACUCACGCAAAGCCGAAGUGGGCCUGCCUCACCCGCAGAUACAACGAAGAAAUUAUGAUUCUACGGCAACGAUUCUCCCGACUAAUGUCUCUCGACUGGAAACUCCCAGGCAAACUUCCAGCAGCGCGCAUCGACAUACGGCUCAUAUGAGAAGGCGCGUUAACGCGCACGCACGUCGUAUCGUGGCCAAGCAUUUGGCAGAUACGCCUCUCCGAACUCUACACAUCGACGCACCGCAUGACAAACCGUCGGUCUUCAAGAAGAAGAGUCCGUUGCCGGAACUAGAGCACAACACGUUCGGCAGAAAUAUCGAUUCGUCGCAGAAUGUGAUAAUCAUCAAACCGAUCACUUAACGUCCUUCUAGAGGCGCACGGAUUUACGCUGGCGUUCCGAUUUUC